CAGAUUUUUUUAGAUUUCUCUGUGUGUUUGUGGUGGUUUCUGGAAUCGUAGAGUAAGAAUGUACACACGUGUUAAGAAAAAUAUUAAACCGAAAAUAACAAAAAGCUACACGUGUUAGAAAAUUUGAACACCUAUACUUUAACAAUCGAUAAUAUUUUACUUACAUUUUACACAAAGGUAUUCAGUAUACAGCAGCAGAAAUGGCAGAAUUGUCAAGUAAUAAUAAAAGCGAUAAUGAAACCAAUGAUAAAAGUAAUCAAGAGACACAGUGUCUCAGUGCUAACAAUGUAAACAAUGACAAAAGCUAUAAUUUAAACAAUGAUGAAAGCGAUAAUUUAAACAAUGACAAAAGUGAUAAUAUAAAUGAUGACAAAAGUAAUAAAACAAACAAUAACAAAAAUGAUUGUAACCCAAGGGAAACCAUCCGUAGGCAGUUCUACAAACAUCGCAUAAGAAGAGAUAAUUUUAAAUUAGAACUUGACGAUAGGACGCCUCAAGAAGAAAGACGCAGAUUGUUAUUGGAGUAUCAGAAGAAACAUAGAGAUGAAACAUUCAAUGAUGCACGUGGUAUAUUACAAGAGUUUGGUACUACGUCAAAAAAUGAAGAAGAGGAAAAUUAUAUAGGUAAGGAAGAAUAUAUGGAUGCAGAAGAACAUAUGGAUGAGGAAUAUAUGGAAAUAGAAGAGUAUGCCUCAUCGUAUUAUAAGAUAUCUCCAAAUGAAUCCAAAACAAGUCGAAUGAUGCUAUCGGAAUGGAUGCUAGAUGUGCCGCAAGAUUUCACUGAAAAUUGGAUUAUGGUUCCAUGUCCAGUAGGAAAACGAGUUAGACUGAUCUCAGGCUGGGGUGAAACAAAGGCAUAUUCUAGAAAGGGUGAUCUGCAUGGUGUCUUUCCUUCAGCACUUCCAGGUGGAAAUCCUGAUGGUGACUUUCAUCAUUCUGCUGCUGUAGAUUGUCUAUGGAUAAAAAAUCGAAAACUUUUUUAUAUAUUAGAUGUAUUAUAUUGGAGUUUAUUGCCAUUUACGAAUUGUCAGGCCGAGUUCAGGUUCUUCUGGAUCAAUAACAUUAAUUCAGCCUUGACAAAUCUUGAUGGUGAACAACCUCUGGAUGGGUUGCUAUUUUAUCAUCGUGAAGCAUUAUAUACUUAUGGACUUACCCCACUUGUGACAUGGUUAAAACCUUUUAUGUUAUCUGAAGUACUUGGUAUAUCUGUACCUUCACCAUUUGACGAGAAACCAGAUAAUUACAUAAGUUUUGAACAUCACGUGCAAAGAGUAAAAUUCAAGAAAAAUCUACGGGAUAUUACAAAGAGUGAUACUAAUUCCAUGGAAAUAGAAGCUAUUGUUUAA